UUUUUAUUGGCUUGCAGGAUCCCUUUGUGCACACAAAUGACGUAUUUCGGUUUCAUCUGCCCCUAGGAUGGAAGAAAUCAAAGGACGCUGGAAUUUGCUCUGAUUACUCUUCACCUGGAGAAGUUGAUCUUCUAAGAUGUCUGUGACAAAUUUCAUUAUUUUUAUCUUGGUGCCACUCGUCACAUGCGAGGGUGAUGUGGUGCUGUUUCAUGCGGAGAAUACUACUGCUGAACUGGAAGCCUACUAUGUCGAAGAACAUGCCUGGUGUCCCCCGGCAAGAGAAAUUCUACCCUGCACGUGCGAUGGACCUCCUCAUUUUUUGCUCUUCCAAUGCGAUAGAAUAACUGAACUAUCCAGCAUUAUACAAGCUACCCAAUCAGUGCCAUACUUCAAGAAUUUCGGUAAAUUCAGUCUCACUAAUUCCAGGAUAACUAGUCUGGAAGCCAAUGUUUUGGGUUACCUUCAUUUCGAGUAUAUCUUCAUGAGAAAGAAUACAAUCACUUCUAUCGAUAAGGAAUUUUUCGAUUCAUCGAGGGAUACAUUGAUAAGAAUCGAAAUCGUUCACAACGAUGUGGAAAAGUUUCCCUUUCGGGAAUUGUCCGCCUUUCCGAAGUUGGAAUACAUAAGCUUGAAAUACAAUUCCAUUAAAAGAAUACCCGAUGAAGCAUUUGGCAGAGUUGUGAAUGACAAAAUAAAACAAAUUGAUUUAUCUUUCAAUAAGAUUAAUCAUAUAGGUGCUAAUGCGUUUAAGUAUCUGACGAAAUUGGAAAAAUUGGAUUUACGCUAUAAUAAGCUGAGGGUGCUCAACAACUUGGCAUUUUCUUCUUUCCAAGAGAACUCUAAGUUGAUUCUUCAUCUUGGAAAUAAUAAAAUCAUGUUUAUUGCCGAGGAUACAUUUCAAAAUCAAGUCUUCAAAAGUCUCAAUUUAACGGAUAAUAACUUGACUACCCUUCAAGAAAAGGCAUUCCGUGGGAUUCUAAAAAGAAUGGCUGAAAGAAGGACUGGAACAAUAUCAGUUGGGGAAAACCGUUUCCGCUGCACUUGUGAUAAAGCCGAAUGGUUGGUUAGACUUCCCACUCUUUACAAAUUACCCAUCUUGGAAUUCGAGUGUGCUGAUAAAGACAAGAAAUCCUUACAAGAGCUCACCCUACAAGACAUUGGAUGUUUGGGAUCGUAAUUUGCGAAAGUUCAAAAUGUGCUUCAAAGAUACGAUAUCAUUUGGUUUCUUUCUCCUGUUUUCCAUUCAAAUUUUUUCGGAUACUCAAGAUUGUGAUUCGGAUUCGAAUACUCAAGAUAGUGACUCGGAAUUUUCGGAUUCGGAUACUCAAGAUUACGACAUGAAUAAGAUAUCACACUUCCAGAAAAUUCUUCAAACUUGUUGAUUAUUCGGUUGUUUUCACUUGAAAUCGCAAUCGAAUUUACACCCAACAAACAUUAAAUGUUCAAGAACUUGAACUGAUCAUGAUUCAAUAUACUCAGAUGACCAUGAUUCCUAUUUCGAAUAGAUAUUUGCACAUAAAAAUGUACCUCAAAACACUUUAAACAAAUGUUUAAGAUUUUGAAUUGACAAUGGUUGCAUAUGUUCAGAAUCUACUUCAAAUAGACACUAAUUGGUAAUUCACUGAUUUUCCAUUAAAAAUGUGGUGAAUUUUCAUAUCACUUGGCAUCGAACGUUGAAGACCAUGAUCUGGAAAUCUAAGGCUUCAAUUCAAAACCUACCUGAAAAAAAUUAUUGUUUGUGUAUUUUUUAAGGUUUUACAAUUCAAAGCAGCAUAACUUUGUAUGCUACAGGGCACUGAGUGGUUGAAAUCGUGAUUUGGUAACAGAUUGAAGCUACUUCAAAUUGAAAAUGUGUCAAGCUCACAAUAAAGCUAUGAAUAGUUUUGUAUAAUACUGAAUAUUGGAUG